AUGGAUCAGACGACAACAACAUCACCAGCCGGCUCGGCCUCGGCCACCGAGAACACGCCACUCCUCCCGACGACAGAGAACCGCCCCAAGUCGGCGCGAACAGUCACAUUCAACCCGAACCCCGUCUCGAAGACGAUAGAGCCGGAGCCAGACGUCCCGCGGCCGCGGACGAGCCACAACGCCCUCGCCACGAGCCCCGGCCAGAGCUCCGCCAUCUCCGCCAUCAACAGCAAGCUGCGCCGGAGGAACAGCCACGGCGCCGUCCCCAGCCUGCCGGCUCAGCUGGUGCCCAAGAUCGGCCCGCAGCGAAGCACCAAGAACGCGCAGAAGCUGAAGCUGCUGCCCGCGCCGGAGCUGGGCGAGGAGAGCCCCGAUGAGGAGAGCGGCAGGGAUGUGUACUCGCAGUACACGCGCAUCAAGGACCCGACGGCGCGAAGGGACGCCGCGCGUCUCGGCAAGGCGGACCGCGACAGGUUGCCCAGGGUGACGGCGUACUGCACGGCGAACAAGUACCAGAUGGAGGGCCUGAUGCGGUUCCUCAAGGGGCGGGGCAAGACGAGGGGCGCCAGCCCGAAGCUGAUUGAUGAGUGCAUCUACUCGGCCUACGACUACAGCAAGACCGUCGAGAACAGGCACGACCGCCGCGUGGGUGCGCAGCCGGACCCCGUCCAGGCGUACGAGAGGCGGCACUCGACGGGCGAUGUCUCGGACAACGGCUUCCACCGAGAUAACCUCAUAGACCUGCACUCGGAAGGCCGACACGACUCGGGGUUCGCUGACGGUUACGACGGCGGCAACGAGACCGCCAUCGUCGGGGAGACGAACCCCGACUUCGACACGCAGGUGCACACCCCCGAGGUGUUCCUCUUCGACUACGGCGUGGUUGUGAUAUGGGGCAUGACGCUGGCCCAAGAGCAGCGGUUCCUCAAGGAGAUUGCAAAGUUCGAGACGGAGAAGUUGGCGCCGGACGACGUCGAGACGGAGCACUUUAACUUUUACUACACGCGCGAGUACCAGGCUCGUAUAUACAACGACUUUAUCACGCUGCGUGACAAGAGGAAUUACAUGACCAAGCUGGCCAUCUCCCACGCGCUGGCGCAAAGUGUCAAGACAUCCCUUUUCGAGGAGUUGAUAGCUUCAACCGUCGACACCUGCAAAGACAUCCCCACACAGAUCGCGCUGACGGGCAAGAUCGCUCUCAGCCGGACGCAGAUCAACAUGCAGAUCGGCGAGCUCUUCAUCCUCCGCAUCAACAUCCACCUCAACGGCUCCGUGCUCGACACGCCGGAGCUCUUCUGGGUCGAGCCGCAACUCGAGCCGGUGUACCAGGCCGUCCGUAGCUACCUGGAGAUGGACCAGCGUGUCGGUCUCCUGACGGAACGACUCGAUGUCAUUGCCGACUUACUGGCUGUGCUGAAGGACCAGCUCAGUCAUGGGCAUGGCGAGAAACUAGAAUGGAUUGUAAUUGUACUCAUCGCGGCUGAAAUCGUCGUCGCGGCCAUCAACAUUGUGGUCGACUUGUAUGCAUCGGACUAG